GAUUAAACUUCCAUUCUAACUAUAAUGUGUUAAAAAGAGGCUCGAAGAACGCCAGCUCGUAGCUGUUGUACUUUCUGGUGGCAUCGUCACGUUCCAUCGCUAUCUCUUCCAGUAUAAGAAGAAAUAAGAAAUAUGGACGAAUCGCGCAUUAAGUGGUGGCCGCAAUAUUUAGCAGCGAUUACAGCCACCUUAUCCAUGGCAACAUCUGGAGCUCACAUAGGCUGGACAUCACCGACAUUACCGCAACUGAAAUCUCCGGAUUCUCAUAUUUUAUUGACUUCGGACGAUGCAUCGUGGAUCGCCUCGUUCGUCCUCCUCGGUUCGAUACCGGGCAACGUGUUCGCAGCUUUCAUAGUAGAUUGGCUCGGUCGAAAGAUCUGCCUGCUAAUAGCUGGAGUACCACUCACAGUCGGCUGGAUCCUAAUCCUGGUAGCCUCGAGCCCGUACGUCUUAUAUAUCUCGAGAUUCAUCAGCGGAUUCGGCCUCGGCGUGGCGUACGUCGUGUGUCCUAUGUACAUCGGUGAGAUCGCCGACAAGGAGAUCCGGGGGUCCUUGGGGUCUUUCAUUAAACUAAUGGUGACCUUCGGCGAGUUGUACGCCCAUGCGAUUGGACCUUUUGUCCCCUACAACUGCUUGACUUACAGUUGCGCUGUAAUUCCUAUAAUCUUCUUCCUGACGUUCACCUGGAUGCCCGAGUCUCCGUACUUCUUGCUGAUGAAGAACCGCGAGGACCAGGCUAUGAAGAGUCUGAAGUCGCUCAAACGGUACGCAACGGAAGAGCAAUUGGAAGAGGAUAUGGAGCAAAUACAGAAGACCGUGAUCCGCGAUCUCACCGAUAAAGGACACUUCUGGGACCUAUUCAACACACCUGGCAAUAGGAAAGCUGUGAUGAUCAGCUUUGGUCUCCAGCUGGUGCUCCAAUUCAGCGGCAUAGCUGCUGUAGAGUCGUAUACUCAGGAAAUUCUCGAGGAGGCCGACACGGAAUUAUCCGCUGGGAUAGCAGUGAUCAUUUUAAGUAUGUUGCAACUGAUCGCUGGCGUUGCAGCCGCAGCUUUGGUAGAUAAAUUAGGUAGGAGACCGCUGCUUCUGAUCACGACUCUACUAGGUGGAUUGUCUUUAGCCGUGGCCGGUGCAUUCUACUUUCUCAAGUUCCAGAUGUACAUCAAUAUGUCUAACUUUGGCUGGAUUCUUCAUGCCUCUGUAAUAUUCUACGAACUCAUUAUAGCGUUAGGCUUAAAUCCAUUGUCCUACAUGAUGCUCGGUGAGCUGUUCCCUACAAACGUCAAAGGGGCAGCUGUGUCCUUAGCUAAUGUCUGGGCUUCCCUGUGGGCAUUUUUCGUCUCGAAAAUGUAUCAGGUGAUUUCCGAUUCGUGUGGAGUCUAUACAUCCUUCGGUUGGUUUGCUGUUAGUUGUUUCCUUGGUAUCGUUUUUAUCUUCUUCGUGGUACCGGAAACCAAAGGAAAAUCGUUGCUAGAAAUACAAGAGGAUCUAAACUGUAAGAAGGGAAAACAACGGAAAGGGCAUAUGAAAAAGAAAGAAAUUCAGGUAUGUACUCUUGCUUAAGUUUUUUAAGAGUGUGUCUUUCUUUUAAUGAUGGUGGUCUGGAUUUGCAAACGUAUCUCGAAAAAAUCAAUAAUAGAUUUCUACAGUUUUUAAAAUAAUUUACAUUCGAGAUACAAAAUUCUUUAUAGAAAUCGGAGACUAUGGUUUUCGAAUUUAUUUGUCUAAAAACAAAUGCGAUUCUGAUACUGGACAAAAUUUUGUAUUUAUCUCUUCAGUGCGUAAGUUGGGAAAUUCAUAAGAAAUAUUGUUAGCCUUUUGUGACCUUCCUAAAUUUCUUCUAAAGCAGUGCAACUUAAUAAUCUCCUUUAUUUUAGAUUUUAUCCAACAAAGCAGAAAUCUAUGUUUCUUAUAAAUUCGUAAACAAAGAAUGGAUGUUUUGCAUUCUAGUUACAGUGCAUUGUUAACAUUUGUUAAGAUAUAACAAUUUUGUACACUAACUAAUAAGCAUCAAAAUUAGCUCUGGUGUUUUGUAGCACGAUGAGUUAUAAUUAGACUGCGAAUUUUAUGCAUUUAUGACAAAAAUGAAUUGCAAGGUCAUUAGAAGAAGUUGUGGAUAUUGCUACAUUAUUUUCAACUUAUUAUAAUUAUUAAAUGAAGAAAGACAUUUCCCUCUAACUUUUGUGUCUUAUACUUAACUUAAGCAAUUUGUAUUUUCUAUACGGAUCUGCAGGCUAGUUAGAGUAAAUCGAACAUUCAUUUUCGAAAUUGAACACAGACCACCAUUUUGACUGGAAUCUUGAAAAAUCUAAGCAAUUGGAUAUUAAACAAGUGUUUUUCAUGAGUUUCUAAAAGUUUUGCAGGUGUCAAUUAUAUCUGAUAUUUCUGCUUUAAUAUUACUUUAUAGCCAGAGUAUUUUUAAAUAUGUUCAUCCUUGAAGUUUUUUUCUCUUCCAACUUAGAAUGUAAGAAGUGUUACUUUUUAAACGAGGGCCCGUAUCUCACUUGAAAAAAUUUGCUUCGGUUAGAAUGACAACAUUUUUCUGAAGAAAAAACAGUAAAUUUAUCAAAACAGCAUCGACGUGUUUUGCGUCAUACUAAGAAGUUACUGAACAAACAUUUAUACUUACAAAUUAAUAUACGUAUCUGCAUACAGGGUGUUUUGUUUAUCUUGCAAACUUUAAUAUGUUUGUUGCUUUUGCGGGUACACAAAAGUAGUAGCAAGAGAAAGUCGUUGCAUGUUUAAUUCUUCUGUAAAAUUUUUAUUAUUUUGCAUGUCGGUAUGACCUCCAUUGUUUUCAAGACAUUUUCGUAUACGAACCUGAAAUGAUGAUCUAGCACGUUCGAUUAUAGUUUAACGGUUCUUAGUUUCCUUGAAAUCUUUAUGAGAUUUUUACAGAGGUUUAUUUAAGAUUUGUUUAUCAGCUGUAACAACACGACGAUGAAGAUAUGUCAUUGUUAUUCAAUAAUUAUCUAUGAUCUUGAAACCUCGAAAAAAAAACGAAAAUUCGAAGAUUCGUCUAAACCAAAAGACUUUACUUCAGCGAAACACCAUGUAGAUAGUUAUAUGCAAAUGGUGUGCUCCGUUUGUAUGAUAAAAUAUGGUAAAAUGUUUGCUGAUCUUGUCAGUGAUAGCCGAAGCAAUUUUAACCGAGAAUAGUGCGAUUUUCUCCAUGUUUUCUUGAAAUUAAUUCCAGAUCGGAAGAAUUUUUCGAAAUCAUGCGAUAGUAUGUGUGCGCUAGUCAGGAUUCCGACCGCAAAGAGCAAACUCGCAUGACCAUCUUCUUUCCCUUUCAGGCAGGGUUAAACGUUGAGACUGAUAGAUAUUAAAUUAAUCGUAAGCUAUAUAUUUAUUUACUGCCAAAUGAUGUUACAUGGUGACAGGAACAGUACUGAAGCAAUGUGAUAACACGAUUUUAUAAACGAUGCGAAACUCCAUCGAUUUUUUCAAGUCAUCGAAGCGAAACAAAAUUAUUCAAUCCGUGGAUCACCGUAAUUACUCGAAGAAUAUAUAUUUUCGAUUCGAUGAAACGUCAAUUAGCAUGACGGUCGAUACUCUCAAACGAAACUGAUUAUAAUGAAACGAACGAAAGGUGGUACACGGAUUAAAUAUAUCAAAGCUCUUAGGGAAACAUAAUUUCCUUGUAACUAGUUUGGCGAUUACGAACAUCUAAUAUCCCUUUGAGGCAGGGUGCAAGAAACAUAAUUAAUAACGCGAUUACGAUUAAACGUUAUCAAAGUGCGCCGUGUAUUAUCGCGAGUGUGUAAAAUUGCGCGCGCUAAUGGCCCUGUUGCAAAAAGGAUUUCUGUGAGCACCGUAGCAUGAUUCAUUUCGUACAUACGUAUACACAUCUCGGACAUAUUAAUGCAAAUGAUCGACGACAGAAAUAGCUGCAACAUCGAUCCGACCAUAGUGAAGAAUAUACAACAUUUCUCUUUGAUAUUUCUGCAGUUCUUCAAAAUAUUAUCAGCAACAUGGAUUCGAAUGUUCUCCUGAUCAUGCUACGGAAUAUUUGCUAUUACACUAGAGAUUUUAACGACUUUUAGUCUGAGUUACAUUGGAAUAAGCCAAUUUAAAUGUUCCCUACGUAUAGGAACUGAUGUUUCUAAGAUCUUAAUUGUACAUUGCAUUCCUCUCAUAUAAUCGCCCCCGCUUAAUUCGCAUAAUCCGAUUAUAAGGUAUGGCGGAUCUGUUUUUGCGUUCCUUUCGGUCGUUGUCGGCUCGCUGCUGCAUCAACAAAGGCAAAUCGCUUUGAUGUAGUAGCCCGAGCGAUGUAAUUAGACAUGAAGAGGGUCGACAGAGCGCGAUUAUAUGAAAUGAAUACAGUGUUUAUUAUAUAAUGCGUUUUAACUCAACUAUUACGUUCACGCAAUUGCACGACUCUCUACAAUUCCCUUUCAAGCAGGGUGUGAAAUAAUCGAGACGCAACGUCGUUCAGAUUUCUACCAUGUAGAAGUUUGCAAUUUAUAAUGUUAAUAAAGUUUACUGUUUAAGGGAAGCAAUUAAA